GGCUGGCAGAAGAGCUUUGAAUAGGGAAGUUUUGCAGGGGUUACGUUUGCAGUCAGUUCAGUGUUUGCAAAUAUUGUGUAGGCUCCUGAGCAAGUCUCUGUGAUCCAGGAGAAUCCGAAUUUGAGCGUCUAAUUGCUGUGCAGUUGAGUUUGCAUGAAACUUUCACCUCCUCUGCAGGAAUUGACUCUUGUGAUUUCGGAAGAGAGUUUUAAAUCUGACUACAGACCACACACCUCCCUAUUUUAACAGCCGAAUUGACUUUAUUUUCCAACCCGACAUGGAUGUACUCCCAAUGUGCAGCAUCUUCCAGGAACUCCAGAUUGUGCAUGAAACUGGUUACUUCUCAGCGUUACCAUCCCUGGAAGAAUAUUGGCAACAGACCUGCCUAGAGUUGGAACGUUAUCUCCAGAGUGAACCCUGUUAUGUAUCAGCGUCAGAAAUCAAAUUUGACAGCCAGGAAGAUCUGUGGACCAAAAUCAUUCUGGCUCGGGAGAAAAAAGAGGAAUCCGAGCUGAAGAUUGCUUCUAGUCCUCAAGAGGACACUCUAAUCAGCCCAAGUUUUAGUUACAACUUAGAGACCAACAGCUUAAAUUCGGAUGUGAGCAGUGAAUCAUCUGACAGCUCAGAAGAACUUUCACCUACUACUAAAUUUACCUCUGAUCCAAUAGGCGAAGUUCUAGUCAAUUCAGGAAAUUUGAGCUCCUCUGUCACCUCCACGCCUCCUUCUUCUCCAGAACUGAGCAGAGAACCUUCUCAACUGUGGAAUUGUAUUCCUGGUGAAUUGAAUUCACCGGGUAAAAUUCGAAGCGGGACUGUGGGAAAGCCUGGCGACAAGGGCAGUGGCGACGCCUCUCCAGAUGGCAGGCGGAGAGUCCAUCGGUGCCACUUCAAUGGCUGCAGAAAAGUUUACACCAAAAGCUCCCAUUUGAAAGCACAUCAGCGCACUCACACAGGAGAAAAGCCUUACAGAUGCUCGUGGGAAGGAUGCGAGUGGCGUUUUGCAAGAAGUGAUGAGUUAACCAGACACUUCAGAAAGCACACGGGUGCCAAGCCUUUUAAAUGUUCUCACUGUGACAGGUAUGUGGCUGAAGUCUACACUUUGAAGAGAUGCAUGCGUUCAUACCACAACCAGAAGAGAGGAGGCACCGAGGAAAUGUUUGAAGGAAGGUGUUUUUCCAGGUCUGAUCACCUGGCCCUUCACAUGAAGAGGCACCUCUGAGAGAGGAGAGAGGUGAAUCCUGUGGGCUAAAAGGCUUCAAGGCUGAGAAAUGGCCUUGGAAGGAGGGAUGCGUGUUCCAACCAAAGCAUGCCAUUUUGCACCCUACCCAGUUGCCUCCAGGACCUCGCCUUGGAAGGUCUUUCGAGGGCUAAAAAGUCACGUGAGAAGCGGCAUAGCAACCAUGGUGCAUGAUGUAUGGGUGAUCCUGGACUCGUCGCUGGUCCCUGACCUUCUGAGUGGCUCCUAAGCCUCUGCCGUGAGCAUGUGCACUGAGAAUGUUACAGUUUGGGUUGACUGUAUGUUGAGGAUCUAUUACUGACUGUGUGAUGAGGCAGACUUUUUUUCCUUGUGGUAGCCAAACUGCAGGAGAUGGAAAAAAGGUAGUUUGAAUGUUCUGUGUGUCAGGAGUAUACCAUGAAAUGAGAUGACCACCGACCACUUCCUGGGGAGGGUAUCUGCACCUUAGAGGGGGGAAGAAAAAAAAAGGAAGGAAAAUUAUGGAGGGGCGGGAGUGGGAAGUCAGAACCCCAGUGUGGCGAGUAAGUGUGGGGAGGGGGAGCCCCCUAGCCCCUUUCCUGUGUGAGAGGAGCUUUUGGUGUCUGGUGCAGCUAUUAAACGUGCAAUGUGUCAAGUAGCUUGUUUUACUUGCUACAGAGCUCAUUUGUAAUCCAUUGUAUAAGCUGUGUAUUUACAAAUAUAACACAAUUAUAACUUUUCCUUAUAAUACAAGAGUCAUGCAUGGUUCUGGGGAGCGAUACGGUUUUCCAUUUUAAAAUCAGGACUGCAAUUUUGAUUCCAGUUGAUGAGCAGCUAAUAUACAGUUUGUCUACAGUGAUUCCCAGCCAUCUUGGCCUGGCAAUACACAAUUUUUCUUUUCCCCCCAUUGAUUUUGUAACACGCCCCUUCCAGAAAGGUUUGUGCAGCAUAGAAUUAUUUUUUAAAGGAUUCUGAAUUUGAAUGAACUUUUUGCAGAAUUUUGUGAUGCCCUUUGAAGAAAUUGGACACAUGUUGAGGUGUCAGAAAGCCAGGGUUGGGAAUUGCUGGUCUAAUGUUACAUUAGAUUGAGAGAACCUAAAAUUUUUCUCAGUUGGGUGGAUAAAACCACUAAAGCUUAGAAACUGUUUUCUCAUGCAGCUACGUUUCUCUUAUUUAUGCCUUGAGGACUAAUUUCUGGUUUCUAGCUGUUCAUGCACUGUUGACCUUAAUAAUCGUGCCUUAUGCAAGUGACUCCUAUGUGGGGGUCUCAUACAGGGGUAUGGGUGAUGCAUGCUUUAUUAAGGCUCUUUUCUCACCUGGCAUUGUACUGUAUCAAUGUAUAAUACAGAAAAAAAAAAAAUCUCUUUACGGUCCUCCUUCACAAAGACAAAUAGAGAGAGGAAAACUCCCUUAACAUGUCAGUAUUUGUUCAAUAUUUUAGACAACCUGAAUGUCAGUGUUAAAAUGAAAAAGACAUCCUAAUUGAAAAAUCUGACCAACUCUGCCACCGUGAGACCUUCAUAUAGACCUUGCACAACAAUUGUAUAGAUAACACACCUGGCUGUAUUUAAUAUGUAACAUUUUCACACAUAUUAAAGAUACAGAAGUAUUAAAAAUGAUGUUAAUGUAUUUGCUUAAAAGGCACAAGUUUCACAUAUCUAUCUAGCUCUUUGUUGGUGAUAGAGAAAGUAUACUACUUUUUUUUAAAAGUGGGCGGAGUUCUCGUGUAUGUAUAUUUGUGUGUAUAAUAUGUGUAUGUGUGUGUAUAUAUAUACAUAUAGAUAAUAUAUAAAUAUUUUUUUUAAGGAGAAAUUAGAAUGUUUAGCUAGGAAAUUCCACAGCCUGUGAAGAAAUACUUCAAAAUGGCCAUAAAGGAGGUAAAAAGGAAAACUACAAUCUAACUUUUAUAGAGGCUUUACCUUUAAUUUAACAGUUUGUCAAAGGUUUUCUUGGCAUUGCGUCUAUUCCAGAAUGCUAACUUUGCUAUGUCAUUAUCAGCAUGUCUGGAAUUAGGGUACCUUUGGCCAUUAACAAAUGGCAUGGACAGAAUACUGGCACGCUGGUUGGACUCAAACACACUAGGGUUUUGAUUUUGAAUUUCAGCCUUAUUAAAAGAGCUAACAUAACAGUAACCUAGUUACAGGGAUUCUUUUUUAGAACACUUUUUAUGCAGAUGAAGAUAUUUUUUCCAGCAUGUCGAUUCUCCCGGUUUUUCAAACAAGUAAUUUCCCCAAAUUGGCAUACCGCAGCCUGGGCAGCUGAUCUUUCAUCCAGCUGUUGGCUUGUGGGUGUGGAUCUUUUCUUUAUAUAUAUAUAUACAAGAGUCUGGCUGUGCUGGUAUUUUGUUUGAUCUUCCAGAAAAUGAGCAAUGAUGAAAGCUCACACAACUGGUUUUUUAUCUGGUCUGAUGAAAACAUCUACCUAAAUAACCCAUUUCAUUUUGCUUGGGGGGAAAAUGCACUUUUCUUUUGGCAAUUCAAAAUCCAGGCAUUUGCUGCGUUUUGGAAAACUCCUUUUUUGGCCAUGCUGUGUGCUUAGCCAUAACAAUUCCAUUGAGCAAGAAGGUAAACAAAAGACAAAAAAAAAAAAAAAAAAAAAGAGAAAGAAAGAAAAGGAAAAAACUUGCACUGGCUUGUCUCACUUACGAAA